AUGGCAGGGAAUACAACGAUAGACCAAGGGCACAAGAAGAUCAUGCGCUACUUCGAAGAGAUGGGCGGAUCUUGCACAAAGAGUAUCGUCAGUGCAGAUGUGCUGUGCGUAGGCGACGGACCGCUCGUGAAAUCUGGAAGUCUUCUUCUCGCUAUCUCCACAGGGAAGGUCAUCGUAACAGAGCAGUGGCUCCUUGACUCGACGCGCAAAAGCAGAUUUCUUGAGCCUAGCCGCUACUUGCCGGAAGACCCUGACCGCGAACGAGAAUGGGGCUUCAAUCUGGCUGACGCGAUUGAAAGAGGCCGAAAAGGCCUUACGCACCUGCUUUCUGGGUCUACCGUCUACCUGACCAAGCGCCUGCAAGAAGCCGUCACCCCCACGGUUGCCAAGGAAUUGUCUAAGCUGGCCACUGUGCUGGGUGCCGAUGAGGUCAAGAAAUCAGCUCCGAGCAAAAGCGCCGCAAAGAACGCCAACAACCUAGACACACUGGUUGUCUUGGGCCUCGAAGGCGACCCAGACAUUUCGAAACUUGCUGACGUGAAGAUUGCGGUCUAUUCCAAGGAUUUGCUUACCAUGGCAGCAUUGAGAGGAAAGCUUGACUGGUGGAAGUUUGCCUUGUCGUUGACAGUCAAGGAGGAGCGAGAGUGUUAA